AUGAGUUGGAGAAAGAUAUUCCUCUGUACAUUUCUAAUCUCUCUUGUCAACUCCUCGGAGCUGGGCGCUGUUUUGGGUGAUGGAGCCGCAUCGCAAAUGUUACGACACGCCGCUCAGCUGCUGCUUGCUGAGCCACGGUAUAUUGAAGCAGUUCUAACAAGUCGUGAGAGUCCAGGGCUGUCUCCGUUGGCCUCAAUCGAUAUGCAUUCAAAGAUCGGCUAUCAAAAUCUCUCGCUUCAUUUUAAAGAUCGAGCUGUCACCUUUACAUUUACAAAGUUAAAAUUCCGCUCAUCAGCCAAUGUCACUCAUUUGUUGUGGCCUCUAGACAUUGGAGAGCACAUGUUGGAUAUGAAUCUUGAAAUGCCGCACGGGAAAGUGAACAUGAUCAUUGGCGCGGAGACAAUGAGUCUUCAAGAUUGUUAUCUCUUGGAUCCAAAGUUUGAGGGAAGUCUUGGCGGACAAUGGUUUGUCGAAGGCGUUAUCUCAAAACUCACGUCAAUCUUUUCACCUGGUCUCGAUUCGACUUUAUGUUAUUUCUUUCAUCAUUACCUCGCCGAUAUCCCGCAUAGUAAUAUUAUGCGUUUCCCCAUUCAUUCUCUUCUUCCACCGAAAGCUCGCGAAUUUCUUGCUCACAAUGAAACAAAUCUUUUCUAUCGUCUAAACAGUGUCGACAUUCAUGAACAUCAAAUGACAAUCAGGGCAACAAUUGAAUGGAAUAAAGAAGAAACAGGCGAGAAUCCGUUUAAAGUCUCGAACACAAGUCAAUUCGAGAUGGAGUUGAAAGGGGAUGAUCGAGUGACAUUUUGGAUUGAGGAUACGGUACUCAAUGAAUUGAUUAAUCAGGUGGAAUGGGAUUUCGAGUGGAUGUCGGAAACAGUUCCUGUCACUUCUCCAAUCAUUCCACCAGAUUCAAAGGGUUUCCUCUCAACUCUUUGCAUUGAUUGCUAUUUCCUCUUGAAUGUUUCAGCUAAAGGAAAUCCCACCAUUCAGGCAACAAAUGAGUCACUUGUUUUUGAAAAAACUGAUCGUGUAAAUCUUCGUGUCGUAAAUCCGGAUCGAAAUGUUACGUCGGUUUUUGCCUCGUUUGUGCUCACUAUUCAAGCUCAAUUACAACCAAUUUUCGAUGACGGGGUUUUGAGGACACUUGUACAAUUGUUGGACACAAAAAUUGUGAUGGAAGAUGGAGCAUUCCCGAAAGCCUGGAGAUUUUAUAUGGAGGAUUUGAUGAGGGGAAUGAUUCUUGACAUGUUAUGGCCUGAAAUCAAGAAAGCAAUUGAAGAGCUUUCAUAUGGAAAAGGAUUGAAAAUCUCUUCGCAUUGUGGUUUGGAUCCGUUUCAAUCAGAAAUCGAUUUUGCCGAAGGAUCUUUUGCGAUCACCACCCGUUUAGCUCUUCACAAUCUCGACAUUGAGAGAUGCUUUAAAGAGAUGAAAAGCGCAAUCCCGAACACGAGCAAACUCUUUCAGAAGCUUGAUCCAAUAGCU